AUGCUCCAAAUCCGACCCCAAUCCAGCAUCAAGGAGCAUUGCUUCCAGCUGCGGCUGCGCUGGCCCGACAGUCCCGCGCGUCUCGUGUGUCGCGAGGUGGACUAUUACAACGAGCUCAUCGCGCACGGCCGCAAGACCCAAGCCCCAUUCCCGUACCACCUGGCGGACUACAUCUGCCGUGUGCUGCGCAUCUCCCCCUUCCGCUACUAUAGCGACCUGCUGCUCGACGUCAUGAAGCAAGAGAAGUCCUACGACACAAUUCCCAACUUCACAGCAGCGGAUGCACUGAGGGAGACGGGCAUCGGGCGCAACCAGUUUAUUGACAUCAUGAACCGCGCCCGCGCCAAGCUGAUGUGGAGGGUGAACCGCGGAAUAGUGAAGGACAUGCUGCCAUUGGAGCCAGUGCCCUUCCCCAUCCAGCCCUGGUGGCUCGUCUGCGUCGUCAACCUCACUGCUGACGAGUACAGAAGGCUGACAGAGGAUGAGCUGAGUGUGAUAGAGCGCGGCGGGCACGAGGGAGACUGCAUGGCGGGCGAGUUUGACGACGACCUCGUGCGCGCGCUGCACUGCAAGGGGCUUGUCUACCUUGACGUCCCCGUCUACCCCAACGACCGCUUCCGUGUGUCAUCGCUGGAGGGCUUUGUGUCCAACAGGAACCAGCAAGGCGAGGACGCUUCUGAAAAGUACCUUUCGGUGUUACCGCAGCCCAUCUGCACAGUCAGUGCUAUAUAUGAGAACACCUCCAUCCGCUCAGUGACUGAAGCUUCUCUCUCCUCCUUCCUUCCCCACUGCCCCAGGCUGCUCUACUCUCUCUUCGUCACAGCCAGCGAGCAGGCAACAGUGCACGAGAUGGCACUCACCCUCCAAGCAGACGUGCGGCAGCUAGGAGCCGCCAUCUCCCUCGCAUGCCGCCUGGGGUGGGCGGAGAAGGUCCUGGACCUGCACUCGCUCCUGGACCACAUGGACAUGGGGGGGGACGCGGACACCAGCGAUGGGGGCCUCGGCACUGAGGGGUUCGGUGCUGGAGACGGGGGGUUGGGUGCGGGGAUGGGGGGAGGGGAGGGGGGGUUGGAGGGAGUGGGGGGCGGGCAGGUAGUGGGGUGGAAGAAGAUGGAGUCGGUGGGGUGGGGGGAGGGCGGGGGGGCGGAUCGGUUGAGGAUAGCGCUCAUGGUGGACGCCAACCUCACGUCCUUCCUCAUGAUGGGCUCCUUUUCCUCUGAGGUGCCUCAAAAGGCGCUCAUGGUGGAUGCCAACCUCACGUCCGUCCUUCCUCAUGAUGGGCUCCUUCUCCUAUGGACCCCGCUUCCCUACCCCUCCCUUGUGCCCCUGCCCCUCUCAGAGCUGAAGCAGCAUGCAGUGACGCUGUUUGAGGGGGGAAAGCUGUCAGAAAGGAGUGUGGCAGAGCUGUGUGGGGAGCUGAGAGCGGUGGAGAAGACAAGACACAGCUGGAGGGCGAGCUGCACAGAUGCUUUUGAGUCGACUCAAAGGCAGAGCUGUGUGGGGAGCUGA